AUGGGCUCAGAAAGAAGGAAUACCCUCCCACUCAAGUUCAAGCUUCCUAGAGUGGACACCCUGAUAACUCUCUGCAACAAGGUGACUCCUUGCAAGAAGAACAACUUCAUCUACAGAUAUGGGAGGAUCCUCGAUCUCAUUACUACUCCGAUAGAAGUAUCAGCUUUGGUGGCCUUGUCCCAGUAUUAUGAUCCACCUCUCAGAUGUUUCACGUUCCAAGACUUCCAGCUGGCUCCAACUAUUGAAGAGUAUGAGAGACUCCUAGGUUGGUACGUGAAGGACCACCCUCCAUUCACUAAGUUGGGCGAACCAUUGAUGCCUGAAUCGGUCGCUGAAGCACUCCAUCUACCUAUUGAAGAGGUCUCCCUUGGUCUGGGACCAAGGGGGUUUGCUAGAAAGUUCUUGGAAGAAAAGGCGUGGGCCUUGGAAAAAGAGGGGAAAUGGCUUCCUUUCAGUGCCAUCCUUGCUCUACUGAUUUAUGGAGUCGUCCUGUUCCCAAAUGACGACGACUACAUAAACCUCUCCAUCAUCAGUGUGUUUGUGUCUGGGAAUCUUGUCCCUGCAUUGGUGUCUGAUGUGUACUACUGCUUGCACACUAGGCAUGAGAAGAGAAAGGGCGUCGUUUUGAGCUGUGCUUCCUUGUUGUAUACUUGGCUCAUAUCUCAUAUGCCUCAAAAGGGGCCUUGGGUGUACUUCCUGAAAGAUUUGAGGUGGUCCCAGAAGUUUGCUUCUCUCACCGCCGAAGCUUUGGUGUGGUCCCAGAAGGGGCUCUAUUUAUAG